AUGUUGAUUUUCUUAGAUAUUUUCAGAAUGCACUAAAAUGUGGAGAAAAUUCUUAAUUCUUCUUUCCUCAUUAAACUUAGUGGUAGGACCGGCUGCUUCAUAUGAUAGAUCAAAAUACGAACUGGAAGACAGAUUAAUUCGACGAGAUUCCCAACCCAGAUUGCGUCAACAUAGAACAGGAUUGCGUCAACAUAGAACAGGAUUGCGUCAUGACGAACUAGGUUUUGUAGAUGUUCCCAUUAUAGCGGCUGCACUAAACUACAGGCUACCAGUUAUACCUACAAAUACACCACAGCUACUUACAAAUAUUAACAAGAAUAUCACAACAUAUCCAGGUAGUUAUUUAGGAGGAACCGUUGUUCUUCCAUGUAGAGUUCUUGAUCUGGGUUCAGUCUCAGUCUCAUGGAUCAGGACUCCGGAUUUAACAGUUCUAACAUUCGGAGAAAUCAUGUUUUCGUCAUCUCCUAGGUUGAAACUGCUUCACUCUGCUGGAUCUCUGGACUGGAAUCUUCAGCUGAAUUCUGUAGAAUUAGAAGAUACUGGAGUUUAUGAAUGCCAAGUUAAUACUGAGCCCAAGAUUACCAGAGCAGUUUAUCUCCUUGUUACAGAGGAGGUUCAGGAGAGAAUAGGGAGGGCGGGGCAUCCAGUCCCCGCCCUAGCACUACAGGCGGAACGAGUACCUGGAGAAAGAGUUCAACGUACUGAGAUUCUAGCUCCGGGUGAGAUAAGGGUUGUAGAAGGAGGAUCUGUUACUCUUGAAUGUGUAGUAACUGAACACACUACACCACCACAUUUCUUCACUUGGUAAGCAUGUAUGCUACUGUUUAC